UCGCCUUCUUCGUCAUUGUUCUCAUUCUUGCGUUGUAACUUUUCUUCAAGUUCUCUCCUAAAUUGCCUGUGGCAAUUCAUCCUUGAAGGAUUUUCCAUUCGUUCUCCAAUCGUCUUUCUUUGUUUUGAUUUUGACUUGCUUAAUAACACUCCAUACUACAUAGACAUGUAUGUUUACGCCCACCUCUUAUUUUUCGUCGCAUUUGCCGUAUUCACGAGUGAAGCGUCCCCGCUCGGUGAUCGUGCCACUCUUUUAGCCAGGUACAACAACAUCCCCAAUACAGGUUCUCGCAGCUUCAUUCUUCGAAGCCAAUUAACGCCCCCAAUCGCCUGCAACGCUGCCCAGCCAUCUGCACCCCCUCCUAGUCCAUCCGGAUCCGCUUCGAUCAAACGGACAAUUCCGACAACUUCCAUCACACCGACCGGUUGGAGUGACCUGUGUGCUGCUAGCGGAAUACACGACAUCUCCAUCACCGACCUAUGCUUUGACUUAGGUCAGGAUGGAUGGGAGUAUGCUUUAUCUGCCGUUGCCGAUGCAUGCGUACAGCAGAAUAUCGCAGACGAGAUGAUCUCUUUUGCCAAAAUUCCGGGUAUCCUCAACUCGGAUGAUAUCAUCUCAUAUGCGAUUUCGUACCGCCAGCAACCCAGGGAGGCAGUCUCAGUCCUAGGAGUCGUUCCAUCCACUCUCUAUUGCAUGAUUCCACCUGUGAAUCCUGAGUUGAGUAAUAUUGAGAACGUGCAGCCUGCAGGCGUAAACCCAGGACUCUUUGGUAGUCCUAGUGUGCCCGUAGUGCCGUUUGGAUCUGGUAUGUCUUCCCUCAAAAUAAAAGGAUGGAUUUGAUGACCGGACGGACGAUGCUUAUAGAUGGCACUUGCCCAUACGGCUCCACCCCAGAUGUUAGCAUAUGUGCUUGCGCAACCAUCAAUGGAACCACUGGAGCUUCCAGCGUUCCCAUUCCAGUUCCAGCAAAUACCACCAACUCGACCUUAACCGGUGCCAAUUCCACUUUGACCGGAAGUGAUCUGACGAACGGUACCGGAGUAAACGCCACCUCUACUUCGACCAGCAGUGCCGCAACGUUGAA